AUUCUAUGAUUGUUAUUGCUUCAAAAUUUCAACCUAGAUUUCAAUUUUGGAAGACUGGAUACGAUAAAACGAUAAGAUUAUUGAAAUUUAUUCUUAUUCGAAUUUUGAAAAAUAGUGUGAAAAAUGUUCAAUUUAGGAUCGAAACCUGCUUCCACUUUUACUUUAACAUCAACCACAUCAGCCACAUCUAUUGGAGGAUUUUCAUUUGGAGGUAGUGGUGAUAAAACACAAACUUCGAAACCGUCUUUGUUUGGCGCAUCUACUCCAAAUUUUUCGUUACCUACAUCGUCAACUGCUUCUUCUACAGGUUUAACAUUUGGCAGUAAUACAACAACUGCAUCAUUUGGGUUUGCUGGAUCUAUUCCUUCAAGUACUACAAAUACAUCAACACCACAAUUUUCACUUGGUGGGUCAUCUACAACCACAUCUUUAUCUCUUAAUCCAAUUGUUAGUUCUUCUGCAUCUGGCACAAGCUUUCAGUUGGGCAGCAUCUCUUCAACACCUUCUACUGGUUUCCAAUUGGGAAGUGCUCCAUCAUAUUCAAUAGGAUCAAGUUCUGUGUCUUCUGUUGCUCCAAAAUUUUCACAAACCACAUCAACCCAAUCUACUUCAAAUUUAAUUAGCACCUCAAAGAAUGCACCUAUAACAACUACAGCUCAAAGUUCAUCUUCUGGUAAUCUUACAUACAACCAGCUGGAGGAUCAAAUAAAUAAAUGGACACUCGAUCUGGAAGAGCAAGGAAAGCAUUUCAUAAAUCAAACAAAACAGCUGAAUGCAUGGGAUAGCUUAUUGAUACAAAAUGGAGAUAAAAUCAAAGUACUGAAUAAUAGCAUUGAAAGGGUAAAACAACAACAGCAGCAGCUUGAUCAAGAGCUUGAUUUUGUUUUAGCACAGCAAAAAGAGUUGGAGGAAUUGGUAGGCCCUUUGGAAAAAGAAUUAGCUAGUAUUCCUCAAUCAACUGAUCAAGAGAGGAACAGAAUAUAUCAGUUGGCUGAAAGCAUGGAUUCACAAAUGAAACAAAUGUCAGAAGAUCUAAAGGGAAUAAUAGAGCAUUUGAAUGAAUCAAAUAAAGAAGAAGAUGCUAAUGAUCCUGUCACACAAAUCAGUAGAAUAUUGAAUGCUCACAUGAAUUCCCUGCAAUGGAUUGAUAGAAAUACAGCCCAAAUUAGUUCAUACCUUGAACAAAUAUCCAAAAUGCAAGAUAUGAAUAGAAGAAAUAAUGCAAUUGAUUUAUAAUCAUUUUAUGUUUUUGAGCAAUUGAUCCGUUUUGAUUUUUAAUAAUAAAAUAUUCAAUC